CUGACUCGCCUUCUGAUCUUCUUGCAGAAAACCAACAAAGCUGACCAGAGAAAAGCGGCUUGAUCUUGCAUUCUUAAGAAACUACAGUUACGUUUUUGAAUUAUAAGUAAAGUGUCAUUGCUUUAUUUUGCAAGAAAUCUAUUUAAUUUCUAGGAAUCCAGUAAUCUAUUAGCAGUAGGUAAGCGGUGCAACAAUGCUUCUCUCUAUCCUGUGCGCCGCCGUGCUGUGUGCUCCGUACCUGUGUGAAGCCGGGAUCUCCAAGCGCCAUGUGAUCGGCUGUCCCGACAAAUGUGACAAGUCCCUCUGCGCCGCCAUACCGGCGGACUGCCUCGCCGGGGACAUCCUGGACCAGUGCGACUGCUGUCCGGUAUGCGCCUCCGGAGAGGGCGAGCCUUGCGGGGGACCCGGUCGCCUCGGAGACCCGGAGUGCGCAGAAGGGAUGGAAUGCCAGGUAACGGACGGCGUCAGUUACUCGGCCACCGUCCGCAGACGGGGCAAGACCGGCGUGUGCGCGUGCAGAGGCUCGGAGGCGGUGUGCGGCAGCGACGGUGUCUCUUACAGGAACAUCUGCGAGCUGAAGAGAGUCAGCAACCGCGCGCAGAAGCUCCAGCAACCUCCGAUCAUCUUCAUUCAGCGGGGAGCCUGCGGGAAAAGUCACGAGGAUAACCCUGACAGCCUGAGGUACAAGUACAACUUCAUCGCUGACGUGGUGGAGAAGAUCGCACCAGCUGUGGUUCAUAUCGAACUCUACCGCAAGAUGGUGUUUACUAAGCGGGAGGUGGCUGUGGCCAGUGGCUCAGGCUUCAUGGUGUCGGAGGACGGCCUGAUCGUCACCAACGCCCACGUCGUCGCCAACAAGCACCGCGUCAAAGUGGAGCUGAAGAGUGGCGCCACCUUUGAUGCCAAGAUCAAAGACGUGGACGAGAAGGCCGACAUCGCCCUCAUCAAGAUCGACACGCCGGUGAAAGUGCCCGUGCUGCUUCUGGGUCGUUCCGCUGACCUUCGACCUGGAGAGUUUGUGGUUGCCAUCGGCAGCCCGUUCUCCCUCCAGAACACGGUUACCACGGGGAUCGUCAGCACGACGCAGCGCGGAGGGAAGGAACUGGGCCUGCGCAACUCUGACAUGGACUACAUCCAGACCGACGCCAUCAUCAACUAUGGCAACUCUGGAGGACCCCUUGUUAACCUGGACGGUGAGGUGAUUGGCAUCAACACGCUCAAGGUGACCGCUGGCAUCUCAUUCGCCAUCCCCUCAGAUAAGAUCCGCCAGUUCCUGGCAGAAUCCCACGACCGCCAGUCCAAAGGAAAAACGAUCAACAGGAAGAGGUACAUUGGGGUCAGGAUGAUGACACUCACUCCAUCGCUGGCCAAGGAGCUCAAGGAGAGGCAGGUGGACUUCCCUGAUGUCACGUCAGGGGCUUACGUCAUCGAGGUCAUCGGCAAGACACCUGCAGAAGUCGGUGGCCUGAAGGAGAGCGACGUCAUCAUCUCCAUCAACGGUCAGCGCGUGUCCUCGGCCAACGACGUCAGCGCGUCCAUCAGGCGGGACGACACCCUGAAGAUGGUGGUGCGCCGCGGCAACGAGGACGUCAUGGUUACCGUCAAGCCAGAGGAGGUUGACCCUUGACCCCACAGCACCUCCAACACGCCAACCAAUGAGCUGGUUCUCAGUGCUCAGCGCCCUCAUGGACCUUGACAGAGGGUUCUCGACUGAAGACGCACCUUCCUUAGAACGUGCAUCUCUUAGAACGUGGAACAUUUUAGAACUUGGGUUCCACCCCACCGUGCCCAGUCACCCGUCCGCUGCUCCUUGUAUUGCUGUAGUUCACUGUUGCUCUGCUGCCAAACUCCUCUGCAUCAGCUAGUUACUCUGCACAGCUGCCAUCCAGAACUUUCUAUGAACUGCGUACAUUUCACAUUUGUUUUAUUACUUUCAUCACUCAUCCAUACGCUCCGUCUGUCUGUCACACAUAGAGACAAGGCAUGGUGGGUGCAAAGACUUUGUGCUUUAGCUUUUGUGUGUGUGUGUGUGUGUGUGUGCACGAUUGUGUGUGUGUGUGUGUGUGUGUGUGUGUGUGUGUGUGUGUGUGUGUGUGUGCGCGUGCGUGUAUGUGUGUGUGUGCGUGUGUGCAUAUGCGUGUUUGAGAUGUGUGUGAAAACAUGUGUUUCUCGGUUUCUUGAUUCUGAUUGUAUGUAAUUUUUUUCUUACGUGAACUCUUUGGAUGUUUAUGUUUUUGUUUUCACUUUUUGACGACGAUUUCAGAAAGGGAUUAAAGAGAUUUCAAAUGUUGUUUUUAA